UUUCAAUUUCAUUGGCAACACAGAAGCGAAUCAAGAAGCUUCUGCGAACCAAUAGAGAGAAAAGGUCGGUUUCUCGUCGACAAAUGUCUCGCUUUCUCUUUCGAGUCCCCAAGCUCCCCUCUCGGAACUAUGCUCUGCAGAUGCAGAGCUUUCGUCUGUUUUCUUAUCCCUCUUAUUGUCAGAGAGACCCGUAUUUCAUCUUGGGUAAACCUAAUAAUAUCGGAGAUGGAGAUGGCAUCAAUUUUUUCAGUCUUCGCACUUGCUGUUUAUGUUAUUUGAAAAAGGAGAUACCCUGUGAGUUGCUCGAGGGAAGGGGACUUAUCGGAGCUUCCCGAGGCUGGGUCGCUACUCUAAAGAAGCGCAUUGUGUGUCUUCACGAUGAUAUGAACUUAACUGCAUCAGAGUCAAACCCAAAACGCAUUUCAUUGCCUCCUCUUGUAACUCUACCUCAUUGCCAGACCCAGAUUGUGACCAGCGUGGCCAUGUCCUCUUCUUCUCCUGAGAACGACGACUGUAUUGUGGCUGUCAAGUUCUUGGGACCUCAACUCAGCCUUAUUAGGCCAUCUCAAGACUCCAUGUGGACCAACAUCAGAAUCGCAGACCCUAGUUUCUCCACUUCAAAUGUCAUGUUUUCCCAGAGAGACAAGAUGUUUUCUUUGCCAGCUUCUGGAGGCAGCCACAUGGGAUCGUGGGAUCUACACAAACACAGGGACAAACCCAAGUUGCAAAAGUUACUUUUUCAAAACCUUCCCAGGUUGAGAAAGACAGAAAGGGAGCUUUUGGAUUCUUGUUACAAAACCGAACACUUGGUGGAGUCAUCAGCUGGCGAGACUUUCCUUGUUAUCUGGUACAGGUAUGGCACUGAAGAUAUGUCGCAUUUUGAAACCAAAGAUUUUAGGGUGUUCAAGCUGGAUGGGAAUGGAAACGCUUUUUACACUAAAGACAUUGGAGAUUUUAGCAUUUUCUUAUCAAAGUCGGAGCCUUUCUGUGAGACGUCCUUAUUUUUACUCGACAGAAACUGCAUCUACUAUGUCGAUGUCCACGAGUCCAAAUCGACCAUUGAGUUGGGAGGUUUUAGUCUCCGCAGACCUGGUAGCGCUGAAAUCAACUUCUCAACGCACCACGCGACCAAGGUCCCUUACUAUUUUCCAAAGCAAGCUAUGCGAUGAAUUACUAUGUUAUUCUUUUGUCAGUUCUUAGGCUACGAGCUUGUUUGAGUCUGUCUCUUACCAACUUGUUUAAGAGAAACCUGAUUUUGGGUCUGCAAUCUAAUUUGAAGUGCCUUUUU